AUGGCGGCGGCGGGCGCCUUUUCGCAGCCUCAAUACCAACAACAGCCACAAUAUUACCAACAACAGCAGCAGCCCUAUGCUGCGCCGUAUCAACAAUCAGCGCAUUAUCAACAACAACCGCCUUUCGCCUUCCAGCCCCAGGGAUUCGGUGACUAUGGCGGCUAUGGACAACAACCCCCACAGGGUUUUCGCGGGGGUCGCGGUGGACGAGGCCGGGGCCGCGGCCAGAUCUCCCAGUAG